AUGUUUUUAAUAAAUAAAUUAAAGGAUAUAUUUUAUUACAAUGAAGAAAAUAAAGAUUUAGAAAAAGGGAAAUUAAAAAAACAAGUUCAUAUAGGUGAGCUUAAUGAUGAAAUAUGGUUAUACAAAGAAGAAUACAAGAAAGAACAUUUGAGUGAAGAAUAUAUUACUGAAGAAGAGUAUGAGGGAAAGGACUAUGAUGAUGAUGGAAACGAAAGAAAACCAAAGGAUCAUUUUUUAGAAGUACCUUUAUUUGAUGAAGAUUAUAAUGGAAGGGACAUAAAUAAAAAAUUGAAUUAUUUGUCCAGUAAGAUGAUUAAACCAAUUAAAAUAAAAGAGGAGGAAAUUAUGAGUGAGGAGAGUAUAAGUACAACUGAUGAUGAAGAGGAUAUAGAAGAGCCAUUUCUUGAUUUAUAUGAGGAAUUAAAAAGAGAGCAAAGUAUAAAAGAAUUCUAUAACCCAAUGCUAAAACCCAGAUUGUGGCGUUUAGAAUUUUUUAUAAAAUAUAUUCAUAAUUUAGAGAGUCAAAAACAGAAGAAUUUUUACUUAGUAUCUUUUGGAAACAACAAAAAACUAAAACUUUAUGGAUCUUUGAAGAACGAAGUUUUGUAUACUCCUGGAUAUACUUUCGAAGCAGGAGAAGUUAAAUACUUGAGAGUUCCAUUGCCAAUAUGGACAGAAAAAGAGAUGAGUAUAUCAUAUAAUGAUUUAGAAAAUUUUGAAUUAGGAAUAGAAAUGUGGCAAAUAAAAGGACUUGUAUUUAAUGAAUUAUAUGCAUGUGCGAAAAAGACGUUAAAGGAUAUAAUCGAAGCUGAACCUGACAUGAACAUUAUACUAAAAAGAAAAAUUGAGAAGAAAAACAUAAUUUUUGAAACACAACGUUUGGGGGUAUAUAUGCAACUAUCUGAAAUAUUUGAAUUUCAUAUGGCAUUAGAUAGUUGGUGGUUUAUAUCUACUGCUGAAAUGCCAACUUAUUUAAAAAAGCUUCCGAAAUUUUUGAGAUUUAAAUUUCCUUUAAGUGAAAGAGAUUGGAUAAUACAUAGUUCUUAUAAUUCGUCAAAUAAUUUUUGGCUUUAUCCAGGAUAUUUUUGUUUCAUAGGAACAUAUCAACAAUUGGCGAAUGCUUUUUUUAUACUUACAGUGCUUUGCUAUAACUCAAAUUAUAGAUAUAAGCCGCCCAUUUUGUUGGGCUCUUGUAUCAUAUCUCUAAAAUCUGUCACAGAAUAUCCCUUCUUUAAAGGAAUUGUAAAAAAAUUAACAUUAGACAAAAGCCGAUUUAAGCAAGGAGAGAUAGUGGGCAAUAUAAAAUGUUUUAUUAAUAGUUAUGGGGUGGAAGAAAAUGAUAUAAACAUUCAGAGGCCUAGCCAACCAUUAAGUGAUGCAACUUUAGUUAAUCAAUUAAUAUUAAAUGAUCAUUAUUUAGUAAUAAGAGUAAUUAAAUGUGAGAAUUUAGCCAUCAGCAGUGUAGAUUUAAACAAUGUUAAUAUAAAUGUUUGGGUCAAGUGGGAUGGGAUGGUUAAUAAAACCGAUAUAGUAACUAAAACUACAUCUCCAUUUUUUUAUCAGAAUUUAUAUUAUCCUAUAAGAUUGGUUGAUAAAAAAGAAUUAACAAAUGAACAUUUAAUAAGAAAUGUAUUACCGAUAGAUUUAAUAUCAAAGGGAGAUAUAUGUUUUGAAGUUCAUAAUAAUAAUGAAAUUUAUUCUACUAUAUUAGGUAUUUUUGAGUUACCUUUUGCCGACAUAUUUAAUUAUGGUACAGAAGAUUUUAGAUCACUAGCUCAGGAGAAUACUAAAAGUACAUCUCAAUAUAAUGAUUAUAAUGAUUAUAACCAAUUUGGAAGUGGACGUAUGGAUCCCUCCGUUGAUAAUUAUGAUGAUUAUUACGUGAAGAAAUAUAAGACGAUUGUUUAUAAAAAUACAUUAGAAUUAAUGUACUCUAAGGUUCAUUUAAAAGCAUUAAAUAAAGAAAACAUACAUACCAAGAGAGAGUCCACAAUAUCUGUGGAAGCUUUUGUAAUUCCUCCACUUCCAAAAAAUCUAGUUUUUAUGAAAGAGGAGAAGGUUCAAAAUUCUUCUAUCAUAUAUAAGUCCAUGUCGAAAAGAUGGGAAAAGGACUUUUCCAAAUUUAACGAUACAUAUAAUCAAUGGUUUCCAAAGGCAAUUAAAAAUAGAAAGUUUCCUUGUAUAAGCAGAAACGAUUUUGAUAAUAACUAUUAUCCCUUGUGUAGUUUUGUUACAUCGAUUAAUUUACCUGCACAAGUGUCAACCCCUGGCCCCCUGUUUCACUGGCUGAACAAUAUUGAAUAUAUAGAAAAUGAGGACGAGUCGUCCAUUUUUACGUCUCCCUAUUUUUUUUUAUCCUAUAAAAAGGGGACAAUCCAAGAUCAUGUUCUUUUAUUGUGUUGUUGUUUGAAGGGCUUGGAAUAUGAUGCAUAUGUUUGCAAAGGAACUAUAAAUAAUGGGAAGAAGGAACAUUAUUGGGUUAUGACUAGACACGAAGAAGGGUGGGUAUGCUUUUGGGAAGUGACUAACAAAUGCAUUAUACAUUUGAAGAAUAGAUGGAAUAAUAAUAAUUUUUUAAAAAAUUCAGAUAUCAUAAUGGAAAAUGAAAUGCUUAGAAAGAUAAAUAUGCAAACGGAUAAUAAAUAUUACAGUGGUGAAUAUUUAAUGAAUUUUGUUAAGUAUGGUUUAGAAGAAUUAAAAAAGAAAGAAAGAGAAAUAAGAGAAGAAUAUGAUAUGAAAGAAGAAAACAAAUUAUAUUCUAUGGAUAUGUAUGGUGAAAAGAAAAUGAAGGAUGAAAAAGUAAAUGUUGAUGAAAUAUUAUAUAAUGAUGAAGAAUUUUUUAAUAAUAUGUUUGAAAUAAAAUAUGAAAAAAAUGAUACAUAUAAGUGUAAUAAAACAUUAAAAUAUUUAUUAGAGAAUUUUUCAAAGUAUAUUCCUAUAUCUCCUAAGAUGUUUCUUUUAGAUUAUGAAAAUACAUUAACCUAUGUUCCAUAUUCAUCUAUAGAAAUAGUAUUUAAUGAUCAACAAUUAUAUGGAAAUAUGCAAAAUCUUCAUCCCUCCUGUAUUCUAUAUGAUUUGGAAAAUAAUUAUCAUUGGAGGCCUUUCCUUAACCAUGCCCCUUCUCAGAUAAAAAACGAAAUUACUAUUUCUACACCUUUAAGUGACAAACUAUCGGUUAAGUACACCAAAGAUUUGGAAGAAGAAAUCAGGGAAAUGAUUCUCUUCAUGAGAAACAAGGAGGGACUAGAAACGAAUUUUAACGAAUCAUCAGAAAUAAGAUAUUUUCUCGAAAUGUAUAUAGACCUAUGCGAAUAUAAACUAAACUUGGAUAAUAAUUAUAAUACGAAACCAGAAAAUUAUGAAUACUCAGAAGAGAAGAAGAAGAAGAAAAACGAAGGAGAAAAUUUUGAAACAUAUGAAACAAAGGGAAAUAUCCAAGAAGAGAAUGAAAAUAAUCAAAUGGUAGAUAGAGUAGAGGGGAAAAAUACAUGGAGUCAAUAUAAAAAUGAUUUUUAUCCGAAUAUAGAAGCACAAUAUGUGAAUAAGGAGGAUUUAAAUUUUUAUAAUUCUUAUCAUCCAGUUAAAAAUAUUGAAAUGAUGAAUAAAGAAAAAAAACAACAUUUAACUAAUAUACCAAAUGAUUAUAUAUAUGGAAUGAAUGAUGAAAUAUAUAAUAAUGGAAAAGAGCAAUAUAUAAAAAAUUAUGUUUUUAAUAAGGACAAUAGUACUAAUGUGUUGAAUAAUUAUGAUGAGAAUGUUAAAAGGAAAAAUAUUAAACGAUUUAGUAUGUCUGCAGUACAUCGGAAAGAAAAUAUUGAACAUGAGAAAAAAAAAGAUGUGUUGGAGGAAAAUAAAAAUAAUAUAUUUAAAGGAGAGCUUAAUAAUUUAUGUAGUGAUACGAAUCGACAGAAAAGUAAUUGUGAUAUUUACAAUGAAUAUUGUGAUGAUGAAUAUUGUGAAGAGAUUUAUAAAGAAUUGAAGGAAAAAUAUUAUUAUGAUAAGGAUGAAAAUAUUGAAGAGGAAGAGGGAUAUUAUAAGCAUAUGGAGAACAUACCUAACAAAUUUAUAAAGAAAUACAAUAAGAAACAUAAUAAUUUAUGGAAAUUACAAAAACGUUUAGAAAAAAAGUCAAAACGUAUAAAGGAUGAAUUAAGAGGUAAAAAAUUAUGGAUGAAUAAUAAUGUAGGAAAAGUAAAUAAAGAAAUGUUUGCUAAUUUUAUAGAUACAAAUAAUUAUUUGAUGAACAAAUUGGGAGAUAAUAAAAAUAUCAAAAAAACAGAUAAUUAUUCUGAAUAUAUAAAAAAUAUUAGGAAUAAGGAAAAGUAUGGGUAUCUUUUUAUACCAUCAAAAGAAAUAUAUAAAGAAAUGGAAGAGAGAAAAAGAAAAACCAAAAAAAAAAAAAAAAAUCCUUAUAAUGAUGAUAAUAAUAAUAAUUAUUGUAACAUUCCUUACAAAAAUGAUCUUAAAAAUAACAAUUAUCAUGUUAUGAAAAAUAAUUUAAAAUUAUUUUCGAAAAGAAAAUUUAAGAAAAAAAUAGAUAGAAAUAUAUUAAUAAAUCUAAAAUGUGCUUAUAAUUUAAGCAGAGUGAAAACAAAAUUAUCAAAAUAUAAGUUCCUUUCCAUUAAAAAUAAGUUCAGAACAACUAAAGAAGGGCAUAGAUAUUCUACAAAAAGACCUAUAUAUUUAAUUCCUUCAAAUAGGGAAAUCAUAAAUGAACACAUAACAAAUAAUAGUGAUAUAUCACAUGAUGAAGAAUUAGUUGCUUCAAGAAAUAAAAAAAAAUUUGUUAAACAAAGUGAACAUCAAAUGUAUGGGGACCAAAAUGUGUUUGGAAUGAAUUAUGACCAAAUGGGAAUUGAUCGAAAUAUCGUAUAUAAUAAGAACGAGAAUGAUAAACAAAUGCAACAACAUGAUCAAUAUAUUAUGAAUAGAAAUGAACAACUUGAAGCAAAUAUGUAUGAUCACGUUGGAGAGGCAAGAAAUCCACAAGUUGAAAAUCCAUCAAAAACAAAGGAAGAUUUUUCUUAUCCUCCCAAAACAUGGUCAAGAUUAAAUCCAACGUCCAAAUAUGUAGCUCAUCAAAUAUCUCAAUGGAAUUGGUAUUAUUCACUGGAAGAACAAUAUUUUAAUUGGCAAUAUUAUAAAUUUCCGGUUCCCCCCAACCAUACGUUCGUCGGAUUUCCAAUCCAUUUUUCAACAAUAG